CCGAGGUCAAAGGGUAUACAUCAGAACACGUCGGAAGGAAAGUCAAAGACGAUAUAAUAAAAUAUAUUUAGGGUAAUCAGGUACUCUAAAGUCCUGCCAUUGACUGCAUUGUCGUUGUUGCCGCACGAGCAGGACAAUAUGAAUCCGCUCAGUUCAGAGAAGGAAACAUUGAUGGAUGAAAUCGAAAAGAGUUUAUGGAAUUUAACCGAGGACAAUUUACGCUACAUGUGUGAACGUUGUGGAAUGGAUGGCUCUGAAAUUAAAGGGAUGAAUCAUCGCUUAUUAAGGCGUAAAGUCAUGGAGGAAAUGUGGGACAAUACGGAGUCAAUGAAAUCAAAGGAGCAGGGAAUGUCUUGGUUAGUCCAACUUAAAGACGACAUCAGGAGGAUACUGGAGGAUGGUAGCAGUGCACUCAUGAGUCCCAGCCAAGCCGAUGAUGAUGUAGACUGCAAUGAAGAACACAAGGGAGACGGGGACUGGUUGCCUAGCAACGGACUGACAGCGGAGCCCUUGCAUCCCAGCCAAUGUGAUGAUGAUGAUGACUGCGACGAAGAGGGAGGAGCUGGGUUGCCUUGCAAUGGACUGGAGGCAGAGUCAGCUCCAGAGAGGAACAGUUACGACAAGCCUCCACCUCCACCCUCCCCUCUCCCAGAGUCCCCAGGUCGUGCCUCUCCCGGCAGGGCCUUGUUGUGCGGUCUGAAGAGGGUGUCUGUACGACUCGACGACUGCAGGAAGACACCAGGGCAGAGUAGCCAUAUAAUACACAAGACAACACAGACAGGAGAGAAACCCCACAGCUCGUCUAAUGCUGAACAUAUCUGUGAUCACUGUGGGAAGAAUUUUGUCACAGCUACCAAUCUAAAAACACAUUUACUGUGUCUGACUGGAGAGAAACCACACAUGUGCUCUGAAUGUGGAAAGAGAUUCACGCAGGCCGGCAAUCUUAAGAGACACCAGAGAACUCAUACUGGGGAGAAACCGUUUGUUUGUCCUCGUUGUGGGAAAGACUACAAUGAUUCUGGAAACUUAAAGAAACACAUGAGAUCUCAUGUUGUUAAACAACACACAGGGAACCCCACAGUGAAACCGUACCUCUGCUCUGAAUGUGGGAAGCAAUUCUUUGGAAAACAAAGCCUUGAAUAUCACCGGGAGGUUUUUCACACAGAUCACCCUCACCGCUGUGGUCAAUGUAAGAAGAGCUUCAUAACUGCAGCAAGACUGGAAUCACACACAAAAACACGACACCCGCCAACUGAUCCUCUGAAGAAUCCACACGUGUGCUUGGAAUGUGGAAGGGGAUUCCCUGUGGCCGCAAGUCUUAAAAGACACCUGAGAAUUCAUUCUGAGGAGAAACCGUACGUUUGCCCUCAGUGUGGAAACGGUUACAGUGAUCGUGGAAAUUUAAAGAAACACAUCAGAACUCACACAGAAGAGAAACCCUACCACUGCGUGGUGUGCGGGAUGAAGUUUCGUCAUACAAAAACGUUACAACGGCAUCACCAGGAGAACCACAAGGGGGAGACACUGGGUCCCAUCCAAAGGCAUCAAGACCCUCUUCCAUGCCCCCACUGCGGGGAGAAGUUCUCUACCAAGGCUCUUCUAAAGGAUCAUCUACGGACCCACCCUACCCGGGUCCACUGCUCCCAGUGUGACAAGACCUUUUCCAAUAAAGGUAACUUACUUGUUCAUCAGAGGAAACACACUGGAGAGAGGCCUUACCUUUGCCCUCAGUGUGGGAAGAGUUUCUCUCUGGCAGGGAGUUUAAAACUUCAUCUCCGGAUUCAUGCCGGUGAGAAACCUUACUGCUGUACUUACUGUGACAAGAGAUUCACAAGGAAGGGCCACUGCAAUAGCCACAUGCGAAUCCACACAGGAGAGAAGCCGUACCAAUGCUCUGACUGCGGGAGGAGGUUUGCUGACGGUAAUGUCCUGAAAAACCACCGGCGGACCCACACAGGAGAGAAACCGUUCCAGUGCCGCAUGUGCGAUAAAGCCUUUGCCCAGUUGACCAGUCUGAAGAAACAUCAGGAGACACACAGCCAUAAUCACACUGUGCGAUAAAGCCUUGGCCAGUUGCACAGUCUGAAGAAACAUCCAGAGACACAGAUUCAUCCCGUCUCUGCCAGGAAUCCCUACGUACCACACAUUCAGUCCAUCCCUAAUACUUACCCACCACGUACCACACAAUCAGUCCAUCCCUAAUACUUACCCACCACGUACCACACAAUCAGUCCAUCCCUAAUACUUACCCACCACGUACCACACAACCAGUCCAUCCCUAAUACUUACCCGCCACGUACCACACAAUCAGUCCAUCCCUAAUACUUACCCACCACGUACCACACAAUCAGUCCAUCCCUAAUACUUACCCACCACGUACCACACAACCAGUCCAUCCCUAAUACUUACCCACCAUGUACCACACAAUCAGUCCAUCCCUAAUACUUACCCACCACGUUCCACACAAUCAGUCCAUCCCUAAUACUUACCCACCACAUCCCUUUGGCCCUCACCUUUUCCAUGUUGGCAGUUCUAGGGAGGGGUUUGGGACCAGGUGACUGAAGUUACCAAAGACAAACAGCUGGAAAUACAACUUUGUAUCGCCGACUUCCUCUCAUUAGGGCCAUCGGAAGGCAUUGGAUCAGGUAUCUUCUUGAUCUCUGGGUUUAAAAGACUCGUCAGCAAUCUUACCACCAUGACCAGUUCUUUUUAAAUGACAAAUGUGGGUAUCCUGUUAGCCUGACAUCCAGACCUGUUUUGUGCUAAUAUUCCACUCUCCAUGCCAUGUUUGACAUAUUAGAAUCUGAAAAAAUAGAUACUGUGUGGAAUGUAAACACAACUAGAGUGUUACACAGGCUAGUAUGUUGUAUGUAUAACAAACACUAUAUAUUUUUUGUCUCAGACUGAAAUGAUUCUGCUCGGCUCCCUGUUCAAGUUGAGUUCACAUUUUAGCCCUGGAGUUUUUGUAUUAACUGUUGUUAAGAUAUGUUGUCCAUUUGAAUUUAUUGCCGAACCCCAACUAGAGUUAAUAAAAAUGGUAA